AAAAGUUAUUAUGGAUUUUUUUGCCCAGUGAUGCCAAAAACUUUCUGCCUACAGAAGCUUUAACAAUACCAUCUUCAGAAGACAUAUUAUAACAGAUAUAUUGACAUCAUAAUGUAAACUGUACCUUCAGUUCCAUUGUUACAGUGAUUGCAUGUCUCCAGGUCCAUGCAGGCAGCUUUAUCUCACUAUUCUGUUACAGUACCUUUGAAAUUGAGUGACUUCCAUUAACAAACUGUGCAACAGACUGUUUCUUUGGACUGUUUGUGUGGACACUUGCUCCUUACCGCCUCCCUGAGGAGGUUCUAAUAAAUAACCAAGUGCAUUCAUGAAGUGUUCUCCGGUGCACUCACUCCGUCUCCACUGUGCCACACUGUCAUCACUCCACCUCUGAGACUCUGUCUCUCCAGCUCCAGCCUCCUCUUACUUUGUCUCAUUUUUUCAUUUAAUCCUACAAUGAGUGAACUAUUUCUACUUUUGAUCCGCGGAGCUCUGGCGAAACUAAACCAAAGUGCGUCCAGCUGCCUUUGUUCGGAUAUCUUUUUAAAUAUUAACAAGUUGUCAUGUCAUCUCUGACUGGAAGAGGAGAUAGAUUCCCUGCCUCGGUGAGAGGAACACACUGGAGCUCAGAAGUGCAGCAUCACUGCGAGCCCGGAGAUAUAAAGGCGAGUAUUACCGGGAAACAGAGCCGAGCCAAGGAGCGUCCCACUCCGGAGGGCUCCGGAGGGGCCAGAGGAGACCCGCACCGGGACAUGUGCCAGAGAGACUCAGACACUGUCCCGGCAUACAGGUACCUCCCUGAGACCGGCGGAGACCGCAUCAAGAUGUCCUAUGGUGGUACUGGGACUGGAUGGAGAGGGACUGGGAAUCACCCCGGCUCUGGGAGGUCUGUGAGGAAAGUUGCGUGUUGUGAGAAGUGCUCAGCGACCCUUGUUGCUCUGAAGAAACAGGCUCUGAGUCUGGCUGUUCACCAUCACUUCUCCUGCAAGGACUCUAGCGACCUGUCUGCUUAUCUCCACGACAACCUUCGCGUCCACAGCCGGUCCACCUUUGAGUCCAGGGACAGAGAGAGGGAGCAGGGCGAGUGUGGAGCCUGCGGUGUGAACCUGAACCAGCUCAAGCAAGAGGCCGUCCAUGUGGCUCUGAGCAGGGGUCAGUCAUUAGCUAAGCCUCCCUUUGAACCCGGCUUUAGCACCGGCACGCUGUCGGGACAAAGCGAGACAAAGCUCGGGGACAGAGCUCCGAGAGAAGCUGUGCAUCAACAACAGCACAGUCGCACCCACAGUCCUCACAGCCCAAGGAGCCCCAGGACACCUCAGAGGACCCCUCAAACCCUCAGACGGAGGGGGCCCAAGCUGCCCAACCCCAACAUGGACCGCUGGGUAGAGGAGCAGCAGCAGCUGGUUGCUUCUAAAUCUGCGUCCAGCGCCGAUGGUGUCACCAUGUACCAUAAGCAGGCUGCAGAUGAGGCUUUACUGGGCCGCGGUGACGCCGGGAUCGUACAGACGAGCUCAAAGAUCCCUCACAUAUCCAGAGUGGUGACCAUCGCCAACACUGCUGCUAUGUCCCUUUUAGCCAGGGCAGCCGAGAAGCUCAACCUGACAUCGAGGAAAAAAGGCCAGGCUUCCGAUCCGGCUCCCGCUCAUUUCUCCACCUGCUUCAGGGAGAUGAUCCAGAAAAACCCACCGCCCGUCCCCUCCUGCCUGCUCCAAGCUGCCACUAGAACCAAAGACUCACCCAGUGUUGGCAAGGUCAAGGUUGCACUGAGGGUGAGCCCGACGCUGUCGGACGGCCGAGGCCAACCACCUGUUCUCCGGAUUGACCCGUCCAAGAAAAGAGUGACCAUAAUGGAACCAGUCAGCAAAAGCCAACCGCACGCUACAAUGACACUAGGCAGGGAUAGUAAAAACCUUCUGAAGACCUUCAACUUUGACGCUGCCUAUUCUCAAGAGUCAAGCCAGGCCGAGGUGUGUGCGGGCGUCUUGGCUGAUGUCAUCCGCUGCGUGCUCAGCGGCAGCGAUGGAUGUGUUCUGGGUUUGGGAUGUGCUGAUGUGGGCUCGUGGUCCAGCAUGGUGGGGAGCGGUGAGUGCAUCCAGAAGCUCGGGCUGGUUCCUUGUGCCAUCUCCUGGCUGUACAGCGCCAUCGAGCGGCGAAGGGAGAAGACCUGGACUGAUCUGACCGUGUCGGUGUCUGCUAUAGAGCUCUGCUGCGGAGAAGAGGACACGCUGAGGGAUCUGCUGGGGGAGGUCGUCCCCUCAUUAGGCAGCGUCCAGGACAGCCCAAAGGCCCAUAUUAGACUCCAAGAGGACCCCGUCUAUGGGAUACAGCUACGUAACCACAACCGGGUGAAGGCCCCCACCACUGAGCGGGCUACUGCCCUCCUGGACGCGGCCAUUGCAGCACGUCGGCACAAUGACUUCGUUACGUACUUGACUCACAGCUCCGUAAUGUUCUUCACUCUCCACGUCCAGCCCCCUCGCACGGAGACCAGCACCAUUGGCAAAGGUUCACGUGGCCCCACUAAGUUGACCAUGAUAGAUGUGUGUAGUGGUAUAAGAGGGGUGAACAAGAAUAAACCUCCAUAUUCUGAACUGGGCCCUGCUGUCUUGUCUCUUCUAAGUGGACAUAAAACCACCCCCAACAAGGGCAGUAAGUUGGCUAUGCUCCUUCGAGAGGCCUUGGGUCAUGUAAAUUGCCAUACGACAGUGAUUGCUCAGGUUGAUGAUUCACUGGCACACCUUCAAGAGACCCUAUCCACCAUCCAGCUGGCUUCUCGCAUCCGCAGGACACAGAAGAAAACAAAGCAGUCCACUUCAUGUUCUCCUUGCGGGAGGAGUUUGACUAGAGAAAAGAGAGGGCCUCCGUCUUUUUCCCUGCGGGCGUUCCACUCCACCGACGAGGUAGAUGUCGACAUCCCUCGUUUCCAUUUGCGUGGUGAACUCGAUGAGCGCUCCAGCAGCGACCAGUCCUGUGACACAGUCAUCCAAAUAGACUUUGACGGCUUGGUCCAGUCCAAAGCAACCUCCAGACUGGCACAACCUGAAUUUGUGCCUAUCAUACCAUCUUUGCAUCCUAACAAGGCUGACAUGGAUGACCCAGAGUUUACCGCUCUGCUCCAAGAGCUUCUGAGAAUUCCUCAGCUUCAGGGAGAGAAAAAGAACGAAGAAACAGUUCAAGGGCAUAUUGAAGUCCUGAAAGCAGACAUCAAGAAGCCAGGGAGGGACUGUUUUAAAUGUGACACAUUUGCUGAACUUCAAGAGCGCUUGGGCUGUAUCGAUGGAAGUGAGGCAACAAUGGAUGUGCUCAAGUCUUCCUCGAAAGGCCCUUCUGUUAACAAUGUCACAGCCAAAUCACAACCCCAGAAAGAAAAAGGGAAACAGACAGAUACCGAAUCAUCAGAGGCAUCACAGACAUUGUUGUUGAAUCAGGGGUUAGGCUGCAGUCAGACCUCUGUCGGAGAAAAGCAAACAGAUGGUGCCUUCCCCGGAGACAGUUUUCAGAGAGAGGAUUCAGGCCUGUAUGACUGUGAGGAGUGCAGCGGAACCAGUUCUAGCGAGGAACUGCUAAAUCAAACUCUCAGUCUUAACAUGACCUGUCGCUCUGAGCGGCCCAAAAAUGGAACUCUUAAGUCAGAUGAUAGGUUCUCUUCUCAGGACUUUAAUGCAGAUGCUCAGGGCAUGAACGUCACCAGUUCUGCCCUUCAUCCUACAGGUAAACAAGAAGGUCCUGAAGCUGCGGAUUGGUUCAAACCAGACAAAAGGACGUCGCCAGUUGGCAAGAGCUCCCCCAUAUCUCCUUCCUCCUCAUGCUCCUCUUCACACUCCUUGGCUACCAGUGUUAUACUUGGAGAUGUCUUACCUAACCGCCCCGCAGAGGAUGUUAAGGAAAUGAAGGCCACUAUCACAGUAACUGUUCAACAGCCACUGGACCUAAAAGGUCAAGAUGAACUUGUCUUCUCUAUGGUGGAGGAAGUGACCAUCAGUGGAGCAUUGGACAGAGGGAGGACAGGUGGAAACAUUAUUUGUAUCAGGGAUGCUUCCCAAUCACAGGCACAUGCUCAAGGCUUUGCCAGCUCUCAACCAAUCAGGAUCAUCAGCAAUGUCAGCGAAGAAGCCGUAGCCGUAGGUUUCUCUAAUACAAACAAAAGCUCUGUAGCUCAAUCUGUAGCCACAGAGGCUAGCACUGACAAGCCCCAGUAUCCACUCAGAAGGGAAAUGAGGUUCUUACCUUCAUUUAUAAACCCCAUGCUGAUUAAUACAGAGAUGGAUUGUGAAUUGGAUGGCGGGAAAGAAAGAGAAAGUGCUUGUGACACUUUUACAGGAGUCAAGUCGCAGUCUGAGCUCCGAGGGAAUAAUGUAAAAUGUCCAGAAGAUAGGAAAGCUCUCGAGAAGAGGAGUGGGGCUUUUGUUUCUGAGAUACAUGCCCAAAAGUCUGACAAAGUAUGUGACUUACCUUUUAGCCAAAGUUCGUAUGACCCAAUGGUCUUUGAAGAUUCAGCUUUUUGUGAUGAAACUGCAGAAAACAAAAUGUGUGGAAAGAGACCGAGACAUUCAGACAAGAUCCACCCCAGAGACAGGGAGCAUGUUUAUUCCUUCAACGCUUCAAAGGGCUCAGAGGGGGGAGAAACCGGUUCCAGACAUGUUAGAAAUGCCCCCAAGAGAAUUGGUGUUUCACCUGGUUGCCAGGAAACUGUGCCUGCUGUCUUUAAAACAGGUAGUUUACCUAGAGGCUGGCAAAAUGCCAAACACCAGGACAGCUACCACGGCGUUCACAUGGCAGACAACCACAGAGACCCAAGGGGGGUGACAUCAUCCACCCCGUGUAGCUCAGGAGUAACUCUGGAGAGGAGGCAGGGCAGACAGCACUCCCCAGCAGACCACAGCCUCCACGCCUCCUCUCCUCGGAAAUAUGGAACAGAGUACAAACAGCACGCCAGUAGGGCUCCCAGAAAAGUUGUUGAAUCUUUGUUUGAGACCUCAAGUCUAAGAAUGAAAGAUGAUCAUAUGAGUGGGAGGCCGAUGUCACCCACUGAGGAUAGUAGCAGGCUUUUCAGUGCCAAACUGGAGCAGCUGGCUACCAGGACUAAUUCCCUUGGGAGAAUCCCAAGAGACUUCCCAGCUCUGGAUAGAGGCAGUAGUAUCACCUCCAUGAGCUCUAAGGGGAGCUCCAAGGGAAGUAGUGAAGGGGCAUGUAAGGGAGGUUAUAAAGGAAAUAAUGAGGGAGAUUGUACCUUACCAAGGGCUAGCAGGAGCCCCAGGAAGCAUCCUCGGACUGACCAGAGUCAUCACUUCUUUCUUUCUGAAAAGCCUGCAACGCAAUCUGCUAGGCAUACCCAUUCCAAGCUCUCCGCUGUGGGGAAACUUAAGAUGGCUAGCCCCAAAGUCCGUCGACUGUCUGUCCCCAGCAUCAAGAACCUCAGUCUCCCCCACAAAGGCCUGCAGCAGUCCAUCAACCGUAGCGCCAGUCUUUCUCCAGACAGUAAAACUGUUAGCUUUGAGCGGACAUCCUCCUUUCUCUCCUCUUCCCCUCCGCGGUCUUUUCACUCCAUAAGUCGUACUCCGAGUCAGAGCUCCACAUGCUCAUCUACAAAAUCCGUUAUCCAGGGGUUUGUCAAUGGCCGGAUCUCAGACCUCCUUAAGGAAAGGACCUCCAGCCCCACUUCAGGAGGACUGGACCAAACCACCCCACUUCCCUCGCCAUACAGCCGGUUGACUGCUCCCCGUGUGCCCGAUCACCUGAAUGGGCACGCGAGUGACACCACCAGUGUGUUGAGUGGAGAUUUGCCACCAGCUAUGGGGAAGACAUCCCUGAAUUUCACGAACAGGAACAGUAUGGUGAGCAGUGGAUAUGACAGCAUGGUGAGGGACAGUGAAGCCACAGGCAGCACCAUCUCAAACAGAGAUUCCGUCAGCGACAGGAGCAGCUCUCUUCUCAGUGUGGCUCGAAGCAUCCGAUCAUCUCGGAGGAGAGGCAACACAGGAACUCACCAGCGCCGUCUUUCCCAUGAUGCACCCUCGUCCCUGAGACGCUCGGCUAGUGGUCUGCGGUCUGGCUGGGUGGAUCGGGGAAUCCCAGAGGCCUACGAGAUCAAGGUGUAUGAGAUCGACAAUGUGCAGAGGAUGCAGAAAAGAGCAGGUGCUGGCAAACAGGGGCCUGCAUGCUUCAGUGCCAAGCUGAAGUUUUUGGAGCACCGUCAGCAGAGGAUCUCAGAGGUCCGAGCCAAAUACAACAACCUGAGGAGAGAGCUAGAGCGGGCCAAACACAACCUCAUGCUGGAGCCCGCCAAGUGGAACCAAGAGUUCAACCUAUGGCAGACCUUCGAGGUGGACUCCCUGGAGCACCUGGAGGCCCUCGAAGUGGUGACGGCCCAGCUGGAGAACAGGCUCAGCCUCUGCAAGGCCAACGUCAUGAUGGUCACCUGCUUCGAUGCCGGCACCAGGAGACGGCAUAAGAGGCGACGGCGGAAAACGCCAGAGCAGAGAGCCUUGAAGGGGAUCUGAGUUGAAUUAUAGUGAGGACUGGUUAAGAGAGGGUAACGGGGGGGAGCACCUCAGACUCUUAUGGUCUAUCUAGUACACCUGGCUACCUACCACUGUGAUCUGUGUGUGUGCAUCUGCCAACUCAAUACACACUUUAUGUUCUCAACUACCACAUUACCUCCGGUCCCUUUGAACUAACCAGUUGCUACGGAGUCGUGUACAAUAACAUCUUCCCUGCCUUCACAGGGAGGUCAGUGGUCAGAGCUCCAUGUCUGGCUGUAGUUCUUUAGACACUUACAUCAUUAAUCACACUACUGUCCUUGAAAUAACCUUGAAAACAUUUUAUUUAUGCUUUUUAUUUAUGCUUUUUUCCUGUUAACAUUAUACAGUAUAUUCAAAGAAACCAGUUCAGCUCAGUGCAGCAUUUAAUGCUAACAAGACAUUUCAGUGUAGCUAAAGGGCAAAUAUUGUAACCUUUCCUCUCCUGGCAAAGAAUCUGCUGCAUAUUGAGAUCAUAAAACUUCUGCUUUAAAGGAACAGUGUGUAACAUUUCUAUUAGCAGAAAUGGAAUAUAACAUUCAUAUGCUUUCAUUAGUGUAUAAUCACCUGAAACUAAGUGUUUUCGUUAGCUUAUAAUGAGCCCUUCACAUCUUCAUAGGGAGUGGGUCCUCUUCACGGAGCCGGCCAUGUUGCUCCGCAAUGUUUCUACAGUAGCCCAGAAUGGACAAACCAAACGCUGCCUCUAGAGAGAAACUUUCACGCUUUUACAUUACCUGAAGGCCACCAUAGUUCUCUGAAACGCUUUUGAAACUGAGGUAAUGUGAGCCACAGAGUGCUAAACCGUGGUGCCGCCAGCCACCAUCUGACUUCCGUUGCUCCUAAAGUAGUGUUAUUAUGGUAUGGAUGGCCUCUGAGCGAGGUGAACGGCGUUACCACGGUUUUGCACUCGGUGGCUCACAUUACCGCAGACUUGAAAUGGGAGGAGUGAGCGGAGGGGUACUCAGUUGGUUGCAAUCUGUCGCCAAAUCCAACACACUGUCUCUUUAAGGUGAUGAAGGUGCAGAGACCCUUCAUUAUUGGUUCUCUGGAAGGGCUUUAAUGUAGACGGUACACUUGAUAUUGGAUAUAACUACUAUAGAUACUUAACAUUUGUGCAGGGUUACUCAAUGAACAUUUUUGUCUUUUGUUUUGCAAUUUGUUAAUAGUCUAAUUUCAUACGUUUGAAACAAUUCCUGGAAGAUUUGAUGCAUACCUAAGCGUCAAAUGCAUCUUUCGCACACAGACAAAUGUGUUUGCAUUAUUUAGAAAACAUUUCAGCAAAUACACUUUGCCGUGAUUUGUAUUUCUUUAGUUUUAUUAUAUUUAAAAAGAAAAAAAGUUAAAGCACUUUUGGACUAAUGGACUGAUUAGUCUGCCUUAAAGUUGCUCUUUCUUCGUCUUUGCUUAAAGGUGCAGUGUGUAGGAUUUGGCGGCACCUAGCGGUGAGGUUUCAGAUUGCAACUAACUGAAACUUCUUCCAUGUGAUAAGCGUGUAGCAGGGCCCCAGGAACGGGCCGGGCUUUGAAGCAAAUCUUCGAAGUGGCCAAACGGCGGCACUACAACUUCCGUAUCCGUCACGUGAUGCCAUUGGGCCGGAAAAAACUUUUUCCGAUAGACUUACAUUGGGAAAGAGAUGUCCCUAAAUCAGCGGUUAACUUUUUUUGAGGUAAAUCAAUUUCCCAGUAGGAACACCAUUAGGUCCUAAAAGUUGUAAAAUGCAGUAUUAGCCGAAUCCAAAGUUAUCCAGUUCUCUUUACACAUCCAUGGGCUACUGUAGAAACAUGGCAGCCGGCUUCAUGAAGAGGACCCGCUCCCUAGAUAUAAACGGCUCAUUCUAAGCUAACGAAAACACAACAAUUCAUAUUUUCCGGUGAAUAUACACUAAAGAAAACAUAUUAUAUUCCAUUCCUGCCAACAGACCCCCCUAAAUGCUACACACUGGCCCUUUAAGAGGAGGUUUGGCAAUCACAGUUAUUUUCAAAAGAGUGUUCAAAAGGGAAUAUGCCAUUUUGUAUAUAGAUUUUUUGGUGCUGAAUACAACUAUGAAAACAAAUGUGUUUAAUUCAAAUAAUCUGAAACCAAUGUACAAAAGUGUCUAAUAAUUAAAAGGAUGCUGGGCUGAGGCGAUUAUUUAGCAGGAACUGAAGCUAAGCAGUUUCCCUGUGGACAGUGGAAACGGACUGAGCUGAGGUUUAAGUUCCUUGAAGUUCCUGCCAACAGAAACACCACUGUGAAUGUUUCAGGGGUUGAGUAUCUGGUGAUCAAUAACCUAGAACACAUUAGUAAAUGAUUGGAGGCAGAAUAAGAAAAUGUGGAUUCUACUCUCAGUGUAAUGGAGGGGUAAUUACAUUAGAGGAAUAACGUCAUCGUGUCUGAAGAGCCCUGUGAGGUCAUUGAGCCAAUAGGAAGAGGAUGGGCUGAUGCAUAGUAAUCAAUGGACAGUGCUGGGUUUUCUAGAUCAAUGCAUUUAAACAUACAUGGAAGACACACACACACACACACACACACACACACACACACACACACACACUGGACGUCUGUUUUGUGAAAAUUAUUAAUCAGCAUGUUGUACUUCACUGUUAAUAAAUGACCACAGCUCUCAGUUAUUUUCUGUGUUUGUAGACAGACUGUAUCCUUUGAUUUGCAAGAAUUAAAAUCG